AUGGCGUCCGAAGAUUCGCGGUUGGACAAGCUCAUCGCUCAGUUGAAGAGCAAUGAUGUCGACGUGAAGGUCGAUGCUCUGGCCAAGCUACAGUUAGAGUUUGAGUCCGAAAUCGAGAUCACCGAUUCCGACGCAAUUAUCAGUGCAUUCAAAGCGUGCCUGCGAAUAUCGAACCAGCAUCUGACAAGUGCCACCCUUUACGCCCUUCCUCCGCUUUUGCCACUGAUUAUAACGCGCAAUGUUGCAAUAAACAACUCACAGUCCACCCCAAAUGCCUCGUCGAGUUCCGGAACUUCUGGCCUCAUCGAUGUACCCACCCUACGCUACGUCCUCAUGUCAUUUCUACCCCCGGGAGGGAUCAUCGAUCGUCUAGGGGAUAAGGAACGACCACAGGCCAAAGCGAGGGAAGCGUUGGUGAUCCUUGGUGGCUACGCAUUCCGCGCCGGCGGUGCAAGCAACAUGACUUCGAAAUCGGGGAAAGGUGUAGAGACGCCAUUGAUGAUAUUUGAGCGUUUUCUGAGGGAAGCAGGGCUGGCCAGUAAAGUUUGGAAGGUUAGGGAGCAGAGUAUCCUUACCCUUGUGAACAUCCGACGCGGUCAUCCUCAGUUCCCGAUCAGGCCCUACCUCACCCUCCUAGUCGAUUGCUUGGAAGAUACCGACGCCCAUGUUCGGGACUGCGCUAGGACAUCAGUCGUUGAGCUCUUCUCGGGGCCCAGUGUCACCGAUGCUGCCAGGGCUGACCUGAAGAAGGAAAUGUCAAAGAAAAAUGUCCGCAAAGCCAUAGUUGAAGAUGUUCUUGCAAAGUUGCUGGCGGCAGCAACAGCCAGCGCCCCAGGCAGUGCCAAUGGUUCAGAACAGGGAGAAGGGGGCUCCAAAGCCAAAGAAUAUAUACCUCCGAGCCUUAGGAUUGCGGGAGCGAAAGCACGCGCCCCGAGUCAAACCAAUACACUCUCGAGAGCGACGAGCGUUAUGAACCUGAAAGAAGUCCCACGUCCAGCAAGUAGGGGAGCUGCUGUCGUUUCUCCCCCGCCACUCCCCACAUCCAACCCUGUAUCUGACAAUCCCGAUGUUCAAACUGUCUAUAGAGUGCGAGGGAUGCUCAAAGGCGAUGUACAUAAUCGGUAUCCCGAGGUGUUCUUUGCUUGCUUGAAGGACGGGUUUAUGCAAUGGUCCUUGAAAACACUGGCCAGUCUAAGAACCACUGUCGCCGUUAACACCUGCCUAAUGUAUUCGGAAAUGGCGGCGAUACUGGGUCCUGGAUUGGACCCAUACUGUGACUUGUUGCUCACCAACCUUCUCAAAAUGGCAGCAUUUACCAAGAAGAUAACGGCCCAGCAGUCACAAACUUCCGUGGGCGAUAUUAUCACAUACACCUCAGCACCCUCCAGGGUCGUCUUGCCUUUACUAUGGGCCACCUUACAAGAAAAGACAGUUCAAGCACGGGCGUUCGUUAUUGGUCAUUUCAAGAAAUAUCUUGAAGUGCAUGGCCUGCGCUCCAAAAACAAUAUUGAAGCCGCUGGAGGUCUCGAAAUCUUGGAAAGGUCUAUCAAAAAGGCACUGGGUGAUGCAAACCCCGCCGUGCGAGAAGCGAGUCGUGUUAUGUUCUGGUCUUUCCAUGCCAUAUGGCCAGAUAACGCGACUGCCAUCCUGAACAGCCUGGAUAAUACCGCUCGGAAACAGCUUGAAAGGGCAUGUCCUGAUGCAUCCAUGCAGACUUCGCUUCAGCCCAAGACACCUGCUCCUCCAAAGAAGUCAAGCAUUGCUGCCGCCAUCGCCGCCAGCAGAGCCAAGGCCAAAGCCAUCGCCGCCGCCCCUCCAACCCUCCGGCACCAAGCCACCUCUUCCCAUACUCCCGCCUCGUCUCGCCGAUCCACUUCCCCCGGUACGAUCUCAGCGUCACGCUCUGUCAGCUCUACUGCAGUGCCUGGAAAUCACUCCCGAGGAUCUUCGAGCAAUUCGAGCCAACGAGCUCACUCGCCGUCCCUGUCCGAUCAUAACAAUGCCCGACGACGAACGUCUUCGCCUCUCGCCACGACCGGUACCCUGCGCAAAGCGAUGCAAACCGCCCUGCCCGCCUCCCCUCCUUCGUCAGCAGGCCAAGCCUCGCCACCUCGUCGGCCCACCGGGCUGGGUAUCAGGAAUGGGCCCGUUCCCGUUCCCAAUCGAGAGUCCCUGUUACUCCCCUCUGUUUCACACCUGAAGGACGAAUCCUUCCUCCUUGCUACAACCGUUCCCAUACCGGAAGGUGACACAGACACAGAGGAUGACCACUCGGUCAAUCUCAUGUCGUUCUCCGCUGCAUAUGAGCAGCUUCCUCGGUCCCGCACCCCGCCCCUUUCUCCUCGCUCGAAUGGGUCGAAGCCGUCUGUCGCUGCCAGCGUUUCUAACGCCUUAUCUUCGGGGUCGCUCUCCGAUGUGGUACCGGGACAGUUGGGAGGACUGCAGAUUGUGGUCGAGGAUGCACUGAGAGCGAGGGCUGAACAGGCUGAAAGUGCGGCUGAGAGGUUGUUGGAAUUGGUUGAUGAUGCAGAAGAGGAUGAGCUGCAAGCUCCAAUGAUGCCUAUAACGAUCGGUAAAGGCAAAGUCAGGCAUUCGAAUAUAGGAGCUGCAGCAACAGGAAUGGAUAGUCAGGCCACUGUCAGAGCCAAACCCAAAUCCUCACCUGCACCCAUUCCCGCUGCCUUCGCUGGUAUUGCUGAUACACGAGCGCCGAAGAGCGACAGAAGUCAACAAGCACCACCUAGCACGCCGAAUAACAAGACUAGCGUGAUUAUGAAGCAGGCGGCAAUGUUCAAGGAUAGUCCUGUCAAUGCCAAGAGGAGUGCAUCGUUAUUAGACGUUCUCCACGCAAAGAGACACUCAACCGGAUGGUGGCUGAAGAGGAUGAAUCUCUUCUCCAAAGCUGCACCCUCGCAGCUGAAGUCCGAGUUGGAGCGUAUGGAUGAAAUAAAAGCCUUGGUCGAGGCUUUGGAGAGGGGUGAGCUCUCGAAAGACAUUCUACAGAAGGCCGCAUUGGCAUGCAUAGAGAACCCCGUUGCUCCGGAUCCAUCUUCCCCCAUGUCACUGGUAAUGGGCGAAGAGCCAACCAGCCCCUCGCCAUUUGCUGUCAAAGCACUGCCUAGUCAGCAGCAGCAACUUCACUCAGAUCUUUGGGAAAGGGAGAGGUUGUUCGAUAGGCUGUUCGGAGCCCUUUUGACUGUGCUGGAGCCUUCCAAGGAUGAGUCUGAACUGGAGUAUGGCCUCAUUAUCAUCUGGGAGAUGUUAGAGAACCAGGCUCCGUACCUGGAACAUCGAGAGGCUGACUUGUUCUCCAUGUUGAUGAAUCUGAGGUAUUGCAACAAAGUCAACGUCCUCGAAGCCACCAGCACGAUCCGAGACGCUCUUACCAGCAAGAUUGACCCAGUCUACGGCCUUACGACCUUCCACUCGUGUCUCCGUUCCUUCCAUGAGGGGCAACCUCCCGAGCUUGAUGGUGUGGAAGGAUUAACGGAGGUUAAAGCUGCAACCUAUGCGUUUGGGUUAAUUGCGCUUGGCAAGUUCAUUUUGAGACUUCCGGCUGAAAUUGCUGAAGAGGAAAUCCCGAGGCUGAAGGCGACACUCAUCACUGCCUUGAAUGACCGUUCCUCCCUCAUCAUCCGAGAAUCCGCGGCAGCCUCGAUCAUCGCUGCACAACUUGUCAUCCGGAAUGAAACACAGCUCUUUGCGCUCCUUGAUGGCUUGGCAGACGAUAAGAAGAAUCUUCUUACCUACUUGUUUGAUAAGCACGGGGCUAGAGGGGAUGGGAAGGGUGGGUUGAUGAGCAAUGGGGAUGGGAAAGGGGGAAGCGGGUUGGCCAAAUUCGAGAAGGAGAUUAUGAGGUUGGACACGAGGACCAGUACGCCUAGUCGUGUUUCCAGUGGCUUUGGGAGGUAG